GAGCCUUGACAUAAACAACACAAAGAGACAGAGAGAGACAGACAGACAGGCGGUGGAAGCCAGGUGAAAAAGCUAGCUGAAGCAUCACCGUUUACUCGAACAAACAGUCUCAUCACAGGCGCAUCACCAGACCUUUAGAGUGAUCCACAAGAACCAUUGGAGGUGAUAAAUCUGAGACAGCUCUUCACACAGCAGCGAUGAUGCCAGUCUGUACCGUUCUGGAGAAGCAUAACGGCAUGGUGGUGGGAGCUGAGCUGACCUGCAGCGUGCGGGAGGACAACAGGGCUCAGAGGGAGAGCUACUGUGCUGACUGGCAUAGCCUCAGUCUCAAGACUCAACCUCAGGACAGGCAGACAAUGAACAUGAAUGACAACUCUCGAAGGGAGACUCUGUCCCGGCAGUGGCAGGCCCGUUCGCUGAUGCAGACCUGCCCCUCUGGGGUCUUCAGAGUGGGCACUGUGGAAAGAGGUGUGAGGGAGCACCAGCUGCUGCCAAAAAGAAAAACGCUCCCCUUGCCCAUCUUUACCCCUGCAGAGCUGGGUGUCAGGCUUGGACGUGGAGCCCCACACACAGAGGAAGACUUGCAGCCCUUCCCCACCCCAGACGGAGUCUGUCCCAGCAAGAGGACCGUGGACGAAAUCACAAGAGACCUCCCCCCAGUCAAGCCAACCCUCAUGGAGUUCGCCAAAGAUCCCAAAGCCCUGGGUCGCUCCAUGUCCCAAGAAGCCCAGAGAGGGUAGAAAACAAAAAGAGAAAGAGGAGAUAUUAGGGAGAGGCGAGAAGGGUGACAGCUGGGAAAGGAUAGUCAUUGAGCAGAGUGAUUCAGGAAAGAGCAUGACAAGGUGUUUAUAGAUUUAUCUCUAGUGACAUUCAUCAAAAAUCCUAAAUACUGUAGAUCUUUAGCUCUAUCUGUGUUUCUUGGCAAACACAGCACCAGGUAAAUGUCACGCUUUGUCAUUGUUGGCAUUUGGUUGUGAGUGGUAUUAGAAAUGGUUAUGUGAAAGCCUUCGCAUUGUGAUGGAGAGGCACUGUGUGUGUUCUCAGCUGUGCCACAGGCUGAUCUCUGUCUGUGCUGGCCAGCUGCCCUCACCAUAUCUGCUGAUCUCUCUGUGGAAUUACUGCCACACAACAAUUGCAUGCACUGGUGCACAUUAACCACACUGCAGGCAAUUUCUUUUGCCUUUUUUUGUAUUGAGAAGUACAAAUAUUCUUGUAAGGUAAAUGUAAGUGUUAUGAGGUUUGUCAGAUUCAUGGAUUAUAUUUGUAUUUGGUGGUAAAGGCUUGCAA